UGAGAAAAUCAUAGCUUUAGUCAGAGUUUUCCAGCACCCCCUCGGGCCCUCCACAUAUAUAUAUACACACAGAAACAUAGAACUCUCAGUCAUACAUACACCUACUUUCACAAUAUAUACAGAGAGGAAACAGAGACCAAAUAUAAAGUGGGUUGCCGGCGGCGAAUUGUGAUCGUGAUCGAGUGAGUUGAAUUUGAGGGAUAAAGUUGAGUUUUUUGAGUGUUUUUUGUGAAGUUUAGAAUGGGAUCGGAGGGUUUUUCAGUGCAGCCGAAGGUGAAGACGGUGAACGGCGAUGACGGUUAUGUUCUUGAGGAUGUUCCUCACUUGUCGGAUUAUGUUCCUAACCUCCCUACAUAUCCCAACCCUUUGCAAGACAAUCCUUCAUAUUCUGUUGUUAAGCAGUAUUUUGUUGAUGUGGAUGACACAGUUGCCCAAAAGGUAGUUGUUCACAAGAAUAGUCCAAGAGGAACACAUUUUCGUCGUGCAGGACCGCGCCAAAAGGUUUAUUUCAAGUCAGAUGAGGUGAAUGCAUGUAUUGUUACAUGUGGAGGAUUAUGUCCUGGCCUGAACACAGUGAUAAGAGAGAUUGUAUGUGGCUUGCACCACAUGUAUGGUGUAAAGAAAGUCAUGGGAAUAGAUGGAGGAUAUAAAGGCUUUUACUCGAAAAACUUGGUCCAUUUAACACCCAAGGUUGUAAACGAUAUCCAUAAACGUGGGGGAACCAUUCUUGGGACAUCUCGAGGGGGGCACAAUACCAAGAAGAUAGUAGACUGCAUUCAAGACCGCGGGAUUAAUCAGGUUUAUAUAAUUGGAGGAGAUGGCACUCAGAAGGGAGCAGAAGUGAUUUUUGAGGAAAUUAAAAGGCGUGGUCUCCAAGUCGCUGUUGCUGGAAUUCCCAAGACCAUUGAUAACGAUAUUCCGGUCAUAGACAAAUCUUUUGGUUUCGACACUGCUGUUGAGGAAGCACAACGAGCCAUCAGCGCUGCACAUGUUGAGGCUACGAGCACUGAGAAUGGCAUCGGUCUUGUGAAGUUAAUGGGGCGCCAUAGCGGGUUUAUAGCCAUGUAUGCCACGCUUGCCAGCCGAGAUGUUGAUUGCUGCUUGAUUCCCGAAUCCCCAUUUUAUCUCGAGGGACCAGGGGGACUUUUCGAGUACAUAGAGAAAACACUCAAAGAACAUGAACACAUGGUGAUUGUUGUAGCAGAAGGUGCAGGACAGGAGCUGCUUUCUGAGAGCCUCUUGUCUGAUGCUAAUCAGAAGGAUGCUUCAGGAAAUAAGGUUUUACAAGAUAUUGGGCUAUGGCUGUCUCAGAAGAUUAAGGAUCAUUUCUCCAAGCAGAAGAAAAUGCCCAUUAAUCUCAAAUAUAUAGAUCCCACAUACAUGAUCCGGGCUAUCCCAAGUAAUGCAUCAGACAAUGUUUACUGCACACUUCUCGCUCAAAGUGCAGUCCACGGAGCAAUGGCGGGCUACACAGGCUUCACAGUUGGAUCUGUAAACGGCAGACAUGCUUACAUACCGUACAACAGAAUAACUGAGGGCCAAAACCACGUCGUGAUCACGGAUAGAAUGUGGGCGAGGCUUCUGUGUUCGACGAACCAACCAAGUUUCUUGAGAACAAGAGAUGUGAUUGAAUCAAAGGAGGAGGAAGAGCCACCCAAGUUGUUGGAUGAUGCCCCUGCUGCAACUUUUUGUCUGUGAGGCUAGGAGGAUUUUUGUGUACUGAUAAGAGUUCUUAUUAUUUUUAAUAUGGAAAAGAUCAAUAUUUACACUCUAGUUUUUGUAUUGAUUUAUCAUUUACAUACUAUGUAAGGGCAUGGGUACUUACCUGUAACUGUAGUAUAAAUAAGGGAAAGAAGUUAUGUUUAUCAGUUUAUGUAGGUUAGAUCAAAAUUACCAAAGUUUCAGAAGUCAGUACACUUCAUUAAUCAAUAAUAUAAGAAUGAUUUAUUUGUUUAUUUA